UGCCAGGUCUUGAGCGGUACCAAGUCAGGGGCCACUCUUGCGGGGGGCGUGUGCCCUCCGUCCUCCCCCUACCUGUCGCCUGUGCCCGCAGGUGGAGGCGUGGGGGGCAACGCAGGGCCUGCUCCUGGCCGGGUACUACCAGGCAGGCGCGGGGCUGGACGAGCUGAGCUGAAUAACCGGAAGUUCACCAUGAGCCCCCGUGUGCCCCCCAUCCUGGUGCUGGAGCAACGGGACCAGCAGUGGGUCCCCAAGGACAAGAACUUGGUCAUGUGGCAGGACUGGGAGUCCUCCCGCCGGGUCUGCCAAACCCUGCUGGAGGCCAAGGCUUAUACCCAACUGGUUGACUUUGACGCCCACCUUGAUGACAUCCGGAGUGACUGGACCAAUCAGCAGCUCAAUGCCGAAAUUGCCCAGCUGACGUCAGUGGCCAAUGGCAGUGCCUGAGGUCUUCCAUUGGAGGAUAUGGUGGGUGUGGCCAAUGGGCUGCAGUCAGGUUGCAGCUCGGAGCUGCAGAGCCUUCCCAGGCCUGACUUGACAGCCAGUCAGAUGUCCAGGAUAGUCAGUACUGACCUAACCCCAGGCCGGACCCUCAUUGGCCCCCCCCACUCAGAUCCCUAAAAUUGUUCAGUUUUCUGGUUCUAUAAGUUAAUGUAGCUUUGUUUCUCCUUGAUAACUUCCUAUAUAUUAUUUACUAUUUUUACUUGCUUUUACCUUUAAAAUUCCUUGGAAUUCCCAAAUCUUAGGGGUAAAAAAAAGUUACAGAAAAAUCCACAUCACAAAUAUGAAUUCUGUGCAAAGGAAAAACCCAAAUUUCCCCAGAUUUUCCCAAAAUCCUGCAUUUCUUUGACAGCUGAAAGGAAGGAGGGCCACUGAACUUCAGAUAUUAAAAAGCAGCACAAAAUGCCCCCAGAACAAGCAGAAAAGCAGGAAUAUUUAACCUCUGUGACGUAGAAAAUGAGAGUAAUAAAAGUCCAUUUAUUAAAACAGGAAUUUUAACCCAAAAGCAGAUCCGUUACUUUUUAAUUCAGAACAAAUUGAAAAACUUGUUCGGAGAAAGGUCUUUUAAUUUGAGGUAUUUUUGGUUUAUUUUAGAAUCUCUCUUGUUCCAUAGAAAGACACUUAUUUUGCAUUUUUCUUCUUUCCUUCCUCACUCCACCAUAAUCCUCAUUUUUUAAAGAGCUCAAAAUACCAAAUACUGAAACGUGACAAUCUGAAGAGUUUAAAUGCACCUUGUAAAGUGCUUUUUUUUUGUGGGGGGAAAUAAGGAUUUGAUGUUUACAUUUCCCUACUUUUUGUGUAUACCUUGAGUUUUAUUGAAUAUUAAAUACGUUAAUAUAUAUUAUUACAUUAAAUAUAUUAUUUCUUCCUUUUUCAACACAACUAUGUAACCAUGUCAAAAACUAUAAGUGUGUGUGUGUGUGUAUACAUACAUAAUACACUUCCUUCAAUAGAUUAUUCUGAUUUUUUAUCUUAUACUUUUACACAAAUGCUUUUCUAUUGAGUUUUGCAAUCAAAACUCCUCAUUUACUUAAAGAAUUGGCCACAAAGUUACAGAAAUGAGAAGCCAGAAAUUUAACAAAGCAACUUGGAAACUGAGGGGUUUGUUUGUUUGUUUUGGCUGAGAGAGAGCAUUUUUGUUUUGUUUAAAAAAAAAAAAAAAAAGAUUUUUGGUCUCUAUGAAAAAUAUGGUUUCUUUACUCAGUUAUUUAAGAGUGAUGUUGUAGUUGCAGUAGUCCAGGAAUUAUGCAAGAGAAAAGAAUUUCUUAGCAUGAUAUCUUUCAUCCAGCCACCUGUGUAGUUGGAAUAAAAGUAGAGCCUUCUUUCCCAUUGACAAACCUCGGCUAUUUAAUUUCUUUUGACUUUUUUUUUUUUUUUGUAAUCAGCUUUUGUAUUUAUACAUCUUAAUAUUAUUAAAUUUACGUGGCUGACAUUUUAAAUACAAGUAUAAGUUACUUCAGUAAAAUAAAAUGUAAUUUCAUUUAUUUGAGGUCCAUUUAAACAACAUUUAAUGCAUCAAUAAUAUGUUGAUUGCAAAAAUCGAAGAAAUAGUAAAAAAAAGUAGCAGAGGUUUCUCAAUGGGAAAUGUGACUGUAACUUUACCCCAUUAAAAGUUAAAUUAGCUUGUUUGUUUGUUUUUAAUAUAUCUAAAGAAAGCUAGCAACAUUUGUAGUUUUCUGUUACAAACUUUAUAAAAAACCCAAAUUAUUAACCAACCUUAAAAAAACAGAAAACCUUGAAGUAUUUAAAAUUCCAAACUUUUUCUAAUCCAGAUCUUAAUUUGAGGUUAAUUUUAGUAGCUUUUUUCAUAGUUUUGUUCUGUUUUAUGCAAAGCCUCUUCGGGCAAGCUACAGCUUUUUUCUCUGCUGCUUAAAUCCGGUUUAAAUACUUCUUGAAGCUAAACUUAGUAAUGUAUUAUUUAUUAAUAAAUGUAUAGAUUCACUGAAUUAAUGUGGUGAAGGUAUUGAAUCUCUUAGUUUAGCAGCUGUAUUGAAUUCAUUCAUGUUAUACAUUGAAUUUAUAUACAUGGAGAAUCUUUAAAUUUAGUAUAUGAAAUGUUAUAUGUAACUAGGUCUACAAGUAGUGCAUCUAUAAUUAAUCUAUUACAUGUAGAAAAUAUUAUUUUAGUAAAUUAUCAAAUAAUGUUAACUGUGUAGCUAAGUAAUGAAUCUAUAGCUUUAACUUAAUAGAUUGACAAAUUUUACACAUUAAUUUAGUGAAUCUGUAAGUAGUUUGAAUAUGUUGUUUUUUUUAAAUGUCUUUAUUUAUUGAAUUAUAUAAGUAUACAUUUUACAAAUGUGUUACUUUAUGGAAAUUAAUAAAAUCUUGGGUUAAAAAUCCUCAAUGUGUGUUUAAAAAGUUGAAAGAACAGUAUCCCAAAACCAUUUUGCUUUAAGAGCAGCAUAGUUAGUUUUUCUACCCUAAUAAGCCCCCGCACCUUCCAGAAAGUAAAGAAAAGCUAAAUAUCUCUUGCAAAAACUGAAUUCUGAAUUUACCAAAGUGGAGGAAAUUCAACCCAAUACCAAUGAAGGCUUUUUAAAUUAUAAUGUCUUUUUAAGGGGGGUGGGUCCAAUUUUAUUGGAAUCUUUUCUUUUCUUUUUUUUUGCCAGUUUAUGAUCUGAGCCUACUACAACAAUAUUGCUAUUUAAAGAAAGAAAGAGAGCAAGGAAAUUUUAAAAUCAGUAUUUAUUGAAAGAUUUUUUUGGUGGAGGAAAUACCGAUUUGCCCAGUUUGUUAAAAAGUGGCAUUUUUACCUAUCCUGGCUAUUGGUUGUUCUGGGAACUCUCUGGGCUCAUGAUAGGGAGAAUCCAGUCUCUUUUAAUGGGCCUGAAUAGGCCGGGAAGGCAAACCAGGAAGUCCUGCCUUUGCAGCUUAUGACUUCUGUUUGGCAAGUGAAGGGGGCAGGGCCUCAGU